GGCGUCGGGCCCAAGGUACAGCCAGACAACAGAGAAGACACUGCUAGGCAGGCUGCUGCUGGCUACUGCGGUCCUGUGACAGGGUGCAGUGAUGCUCAUCUCCACUGCCUCAGUGCCUCUGGGGGCUGGUGGCCUGAGCCCCCAGGGAACCCCUGGCCCCCCUCCACCCCUGCUGCCCAAACCGGGAAAAGACAACCUGCGUCUGCAGAAGCUUCUGAGGAAGGCAGCUCAGAAGAAGAUGGCAGGGGCUGCCCCUGCCCCACCUGGGGUCUUCCGCGCCUCCCUGUCCCCUGUGAGUGAAGCCAGCCAUGACCUGGAGCCCAUGGCCCCACAUCCUGCUGAGGCCUUGCAUCCUGCUGAGGCUCCACACACUGUGGCACCUCUGCCCCGCUCCCCACACACCCUAGUCAUCCACCAUGUGGCCUCACCCCAACAGAGAUCCACGUUCUCCUUCAGCAUCACUCAGCACCAGGCUCUGGCUACACACUUCAAGGCCUCUUCAAGGCUUGAAGCCCUAGCUCCAGAGCCUGCCCAGCCCCCCAGUGGCUUUGCAUCUGUCUUGGCCCCCACAACAAGGGGCACCCAUGUCACUCAAGUGCACAUCCGGCUGGCACCGUCCCCAAGUGCAGGAACCCCUGAUCCCUCCAGGACAGCCUUGAAUGGGAGCCCCAGCAGCCAGGAUGAAGACCUAGCCCCAGGUCUCUCCAGUAUCCAGCCUCUGAUCCCGGUGGCCCACAUCCGCCCAUUGCCUGCUGGGGCCCAGGCUGUCAGUCCUAGGCCUGAGGAGCCUCCUGUAGUGAGGCCACCAUCCAGCUUCCAGGCCUCAGUGUCCAGAGAGGCUGGGACCAGGGUGGUGGUGCCCAUCGCCCCCACCUAUCGCUCACCUGGACCCUUACCAUACAGCCCAGUCCGUGUAGCACCUGAGGCUGAGCGCUUGGAGCAUCUGCCUAUAGCCAGGCCUGCACUGGAGGUCGAGCAGGGCCCAUCAUCUCUGGCCCUAGCAUCAGAGCCCCACCCAAGCCCUGCCCCUAAAGUUGCACCCAAGCCCCGGCUCAGUGGCUGGACACGCCUCAAAAAGCAGCUAAUGGAAGGAGCAGAGGAGUCCCAUUUCCCAGGGCCGGAGCCCAGCCUGGAGGCUGUUCAGCAGGAGACACCCACUGCACCCAGCUCCGGGCCCCCUGCCUCCCGGGCCUCCAGGAUGUGGGAUGCUGUGCUGUACCGCAUGUCAGUGGCCAAGUCUCAAAGCUACCCAGCAGGGCCCAAAGAUGGGGAGCAUUCCCGGUCUGGUGUCACCCAUCUGCCCUUCUUGUAUCGUCCUCGCUUCAAUGCCCGAAAACUGCAGGAGGUCACACGGACCCCUCCCACACUCCAACCCAUUGUAGUGCUGAACCCCCAGCCCAAGAACUUCAACCGGACAGCAGCAGGCUGGAGGCUCUGGUGAAGUGUCAAGACCACAGGGUGGACAUAAGAUGGCUGAGCUCUAGAGUGGUGGCCACAGCCAUUGUAGAAGGAAGUACAAUGGGGUGCGGGGUGGGGGAGGCAGGUGGCUGAAGUGUGUGGGGGCAGCCUGGGAAGGGUGCAUCCUGGUGCCCAGAAGAACCUGGUGGAAGGCAACAGGUCAGGAAGGACAAGUCAGAGAGGUGAACAAAGCAGGGAGCAUGGGGAGGGGAGGCCAGGGUCUCAGUGGUGUCAGGGAAUGAGUCUGAUCAGGGUAGUGUGGGAGCUUGAAGGGUAAGACUUUUGGGAGGGAAAAUAAGCAAGUGUGUAAUGAGGCAGGAAGCUGGAUUCACUGACCUUGCCAGGCAGGGCCAACCUGAGCCUCCCCAAGGGCAGGCCCAGCAGAAUCCUCCCCAUACUAUUAAAGCCUGAGGGACAGAUUUCCUUCUGUGUGAGGUCAGAACUGCCACCAGCACCAAUAGCUGGUCGGCAUUUGGGUGCCUGUGAAAGGCUUAAGGGGCGGUGGGAGCCAGACCCCAGGCCAGGAUGCAGGUGGGGGCUGGCCUGAAUGAGGGGCCCUCAGAGGCAGGCAGAAAGGCUGACUGGGCAGUGGAUAGGGGCCUGGCCAUGGCCCUGCUCAUGGCCCAUCUCUGCUUCCCUGCCUGGGCUGGCAGCUUCUGGCGUGGCUUGCUGGUUGGAGAGGGGGCAGGGGCACCUUGCUAGCUACAUCCAGGCUUUGAUGGCAGGCAGGGUGAGGAAGGCGUUCUCAACCCCAGGGCUGGGAGAUUAACUUGGCAAAAGUGGGUGGAGGGGAAGCUGGGGCCUGCACAGGGGCACUGAAAGGGUCUCAGGCUGCAAACAGCAACCCUGGUGGGCCACCAACCAUGAAGAGAGGGAUCCAGAGGUGCCAGGAGAGUCCUCCAGCCACAGCCACCACACAGGACUCGGCAGGGGAAGAAGGGAAUAGGGGUGGGCUGGCCGCCCCACUGGAUGCAGUGGGCACUGAAUUGACCUUGGUACCUGGGCCACCAAUAAACAUUUAUCUCAGCAUGCAGGUGUCAGCUCUCUAUCUUUACAAAGGUUGGGGCCAGCGAGCUAUUCAAUGGCCCUCAGAAGGAAUAAGAGGGCAAAACCUAGGUCCUGUCCCCUUUAUAAAACCAGUGCACCAACACAUGGGGAGCCCUGCACCUGGGGCCUCUGUCCUGUUUGCUUCCUCUAGUAGUGGUCAGGUUGCCAUUCCUUCCCAACAAGCCCCAGUACACAUGGCGGAAAUUCUGAGGGGAGCUUUGAGUUUCCCAUGAGCAGUGGCUAGGCUGGCCUGAACCUGGAGAGAUGGAGAGUUUCGGGACAGUGUGAGAUAAGGGACAAGUCUCACCAGGGUCUGGAAGACCAGCCUGGGAUACAGCCACCUGAGACCAGGCCUUCAGGCCUCAGGGCCUAGCCUUGAAGCCAGAGUAGUGGACAAGCAGACCCUGUCCACUCUGCCACAUUCCCAGAAUGGCACAUUUCACAUACAAUGUGCUGU